CCUGCCAAAAAUUGUGACCACCGCAGAAGCCUCGCAGACAGCGUCGCAGACAAGAGGGCUCUGAUUGGUCCACUCUACCCACUGUACACGCACUUCCGCUUCCCUACUUUCCCGGUUUGUUUUGUUUUCACGACCGGCAUUUUUAAAAACACGAGCGAAGAUGGAGCAGCAUGAAGAGCGAUUGAUCGAGGAAAUGAAUCGUGUUGCAGUGGUGUGGGUGUGUCUGGCUUUGGUGGUGUGUGCGAUGGCCAGACGAGGAAGCGGUGGUUUUAAAGGGGGCAGCAGCAGCAGUAAAUGGGGCAGCAGCAGCAGUAAAGGGAGCAGCACGGGAAACAGAGGAGGCAGUAACACCAGAGGGUCCUCAACUGGAGGAACACACUCCCAGCCAGCCAAUUAUCCUCGUCAGCCUCAAGUGCCUAACCAAAACCCUCCACCAUAUCCUGGCACUGGUGGAGGAUAUGCUGGCUCUUAUCCAGGCAGAGGGGGUGCUGGAGGCUAUCCUAAUCAGGGAGGCUAUCCUAAUCAGGGAGGCUAUCCUAAUCAGGGAGGCUAUCCUAAUCGGGGAGGCUAUCCUAAUCAGGGAGGCUAUCCUAAUCAGGGAGGCUAUCCUAAUCGGGGAGGCUAUCCUAAUCAGGGAGGCUAUCCUAAUCAGGGAGGUCAAGGAUCAUAUCCACGUCAAGGAUCAUAUCCUGGUGCAGCUUCAUAUCCUAACAGCCAACCAGGAAGGAGUGGAGGGUACCCUUAUCCUCAAGGUGGUUCUUACCCUGGGUACCCAGUCCGGGGAGCAUCUUAUCCUGGUUCCAGCCCUAACCAGUAUGGUGGUGCAGGAGGAUAUCCUGGAGCAGCACAAUACCCCUACUGGAACCCCAACAAUAAAAUCAUCAGCCCUCGUUAUGGUGGUAACUAUGGAUAUGGUGGUUAUGGAGCAGGAGGUUCUCCUUUUGCCCAGUCUGUGCACAAUAUGGGUAUGAAGCCCUCUAUCCAAUCAAAGGGGUUUGGUAAGCAGGCAGUGUUGGCUGCUGGAGUUGGAGCUAUGGCUGGCAUGGCGGUGGGUUAUGGCCUGGGCAGUUUUCCACGCCCACACUUCACGUUUCACAGCCCACAAGAAGAAUAUUAUUAUAACCACUACAUGUACCGGCGCUAUGGUACCAAACCUCCUGACAGUAACACAAACCCCAGCUCUCCAGGAGCGGGGCCAAGUGACUCUGGAUCAAGUUCAACUAGUAAUGUUCACAACAUCCUUCAAUAUCCUCCACCGCAGUCAUAUGACAAGUACAUGGACAGCUGUAUGAAGAGGACGGAUUUGUUGCGAGAGGAGCAGGGCAGAAAUAAGAGAGCUGCUGAAUACUCAUUGCCACAAGAGGCAGAGGAUAGUAAAAAGGUUCUGACUGAAGAAGGUCCAAAUGAGCAGCUGGGUGAUAAACCAGUUGGGGAAGCAGAGUCUCAAGGAUCAGACCUUAUUACAAGAAAUGAGAACACUGGGGGAAAAAAUGUAACUAGCAAUGCCACAGAUAACCCUCUGCCCUUCGCUGCAAAGCUUACUGGUGCUACAGAGCCACCCACUGAGCCUCAGGAGAAGACGACUGAUGAGCUGAACAAGGAAGAUGAUACCGUAAGCAUAUUGGAGAUAGGCUAUCCUGCACUGAUUGAGCAGAUGAAAGCUCGUCGCUGUAUUGAUCUUUACAUGGUUUACUCUCAGCAACAUGCUGAGAAACAGGCUCAAGUGCACGGUGGUGGUAAUCGUGGUAAUGAUGCUAAUGGUGGUGAACAGCUCAUACAGCUUAGUCAUGGGCUCAUGCUCAUCUCUCUGCUUAUGAGCUCUCUGUUAUUCUACUGAACCUAGUGAGCUUUUCUGAAAUCAUGUACACCCUCUUUAGUUAUGGUAAGACCUAUAUUAAGUGAACUACAAGGGAAAAAAAAUUGAUGUCCGGCAUGCAGACACUGAGUUGAGAAUAUAAACAUAAUCUGUUGAUGUAUAUACGCUCAGUCCUGGCUAAUUAUAAAAAGCAAGGAAUCCAUAUUUCAGAAUAAGUAAGGAGUUCUGCCUCAAACAUUUAUUAUUAUUAUUAUUGAUUAAGAAAACCCCAGAGGACAUUACCCGGUUUUUGCAAUGACUCAUGAUUGAUUUUGUCAUUCACACUGAAUGAAGAUAAAUCUGUCUUGUUUUCAUGAUCUCACUACGAGUGUGUAGACUCCCUUGGUCUUCAACAUGUUGCACCAUUUCUGCAAUCAAAACUGUACUUUUUUUUUUUUUUUUUUAAAUUUCCUGCUGACUUAUGGAUAUCAGAUCCACAAUCUGGACACAUGCUGCUUAUUAAAUAUUUUCAUGUCUUUAGAUCAGUAAUGUUACUGCUUGUGGUACUCUAGAAAUUACAAUGGGCCUCAUUUAUCAAUCGUACUUGUGCUUCUGAGUGUGUGUAAAUUUAUACAAGUCUAGCUAAUAUGAAUGUUGAUUGAGCAACUUCCAGUUAUAUAAUUUUCCAGGAUUACUGCACGUGGGUAUAUAUGGAUUACACAGUCACGUUUGGGUGACGCCUCACUGUCGCCUCACAACGAGAAGGUUCUGGGUUGGAGCCCAGUGGCUGACUGGGACCUUUCUGUGUGGAGUUUGUAUGUUCUCCUCAUGCCUGUGUGGGGAAAAUUGAGAUGACUGCUGUCAGUACAAUCUCUCUGAAACGAUUAACAAUUUAGAUUAUACCCACAGAUCACGUUACAUUGAAAAGCUGAAACAUGCAGGGCCAUUAUUAAAAAAUGUUCUGUUUCUGGUCCACCGGCCGGGUGAGUGCCGUUUGUGCGGUUGAAAUUUUUUUUUUUUAACGCCGUUUUUUUGACAUUUUUUUCGGGUUCGUAAAUCUAAAAUCAAACUUGACAUUUACGCAUUCCGCGCAGAAUAUAGAAUCGAAUCAGCUCUGCACAUGCGCCGUGCGGCACAAAAAAAUGGCAGCCACCAUGAAGGAAGGGGAUCCAGAGUUUUCAAACUUUUGCUUAAGUGUGAAAUCGCAAAAUGGUAUUCUAGCGAACAACAAAAUAGUAAAGAUUCAGAAAAACAAAUCAUUCAGUGAUCAUUUUAAUAGUGUAAUUUCAUCCGAACUAGGCCUAACGCUCGAUUUAGAACUACAAAAAGUCCGUGUGUCGGACCAUCACAAACCGUUACUGGAAAAUUUGUUUGAUCUUGAUCCAUCUGAGACGUUACAAACAGCUUUUGAGUUUUGUUAUGCGAAAUUCAUUACCUACUUUGUUAAUGACCCUGACAGAUCUGUAGGAGAACCUAAUAGAGCUAUUCAAAAUGAGAAUGGAACUGAACAAAAAAAUGUGUUUACGGAACUAAUGCUGGUUGGCUGGACAGAAUUAAAAGCUGUGUCUGUAGCAGAUAAAAAGAACGAAUUACACAACGAAAUUAUAAAAGACAUCCAGAGAGAAGGACCUUGUCUAUCUAGACAUACUGGCCAAACUGAAGGAACAAAUGUAGUAAUCAACAUUAUAAACUGCUUGUGGUAUUUAGACGGCCACCAGGACAUAAAGAGGCAGUGAAAUAAACUUCUACAAGUUUAUCUGUAGAUGUUUACUGAAUUGGGCUUACAAUCACUCGCACACAAUGACUGGCACAAGUGUCAAACACAAAGCUUGGCCAGCAAUAUGGCCGUGUAAACAAAUCUGCAGUUAUGAUAUCGUGAAAGUAGUCUGGUUAACACCAGACCAUAUCACAAGUGAAUAUGGUCUGGAAUCCGCCUAUUGAAUUUCUCGUAGGGGAGGUGUGGUUUACGAUUGUCAACGGCCGUUUAUUGGACGUUGCGAAUGUCUAUCAUUUGGCGUAUACGUAGCCCAUGGCCAAUCAUGGCAGUUGUACCCGGUGAUGUAGUUAGCGCGACGAAGAGGCGAAGAAGAGAAGGAAAGAGAAGGCAAAACAAAAAUAGGAAAACAAUGGCACCGAACGAUUACUGCCGUUUGUGCAAGACAAAAAAGUUUUUUAUAUAUAUAUAUAUAUAUAUAUAUAUAUAUAUAUAUAUAUAUAUAUAUAUAAUAAAAUAAAAGUUUGGUUCGUAUCGCUCGCCGCCAUGUUAAAUGUGAUCCGUAAACAGUCCCAAAUAAACUACAAGCUUCCGUUUGUCGAGUAGUACACGUCACCGUCUUUCCACCCCUCCCCACUCUCUGAUUGGCUCCCUAACUCAGGCGAGCCUUUAGACCAUAGUUUCCAUGCUGUCUUUUCAGAUCGGAACGAUUGUGCAAAGCAGCAUGGGAUUUCCCAGGCUAUCGUGAAAGGGCCCUGUAGUCAAUUUGUGAUUUCAGCCCUCUGAGUGCUUGACGACUUUUUUUUUUGGUUGUCACUAAAUGACUUGUGUCAGGAAUGGUCUUUGCACUUUACAGGUACUCAGUAUACAUAUGGAAGCUCAAAGAAAAUCAGCUUUUCCAAAAUGUUUGUACAUUGUGCAAAUAAUUUAGUUCAGUCUGGCUUACGGAAACAUUUACACACAGUUUUACUAAAAGAUUAAUACAUGAGGCUCCGUGUCUGUGGCUCAGCAGGGGCAGCCGUGGCCUAAAGUUAAGAGAAGCAGCCUUGGGUCCAAAGGGUUGCUGGUUUGAUUCCCUGGAUCAGUAGGAAAAUGUGGGAGGGUGAAUGAACAGCACUAUCCUCUGUCUAUGGCUGAAACUCCCAACUGCUGUCUGUGCUCAUUGCUGACUUUUGUGUGUGUGUUCACUGCUUCAGAUGGGUUAGAUGCAGAGGAGGAAUUUCGCUGUGCUCUAGUGUACAUGUGACACAAAGGCUUCUCCUGUACUUGUUGAUUUACUUUGUAAAUAGCGCAGUGAUGGCAUCUAUGACUCUGCUAAAAUACAUUAGUCUAUGUAAACUACAUGAAUGUACAUUUAUUUCACUGCACUGUUUUUAAGGUUUUCAGUAAAAAUCUCGAGACGGAUUAUUUUUGAACUCUUUUGUUUUAGAUGUUAUGACCACAUAUUAGGGCCAUUGUAGAUAAAAAAAAAAUAUGGAGCUUGGGCACAAUCAUUACAUUUAUAAACAGCUAAGACAAGAAAAAAAAAGGACAUGGAUAAACAAAGCUAUGUGCUUUAUACUUUCACUUCUUUUGCCUCUAGGAAGUGCAACGAUCACGUACCCAGCUGCAGGGCAUCCUGGAAAAUGCGGUUGAAAAUUUCUUCGCCUUUUAUUGUGCAAUCAAGGUGGAAAGUCUGCAUUUUCUAUAACUCAGCUCAGCUGAGAAUAUUGCAUGGAAUAUUAUCCCCUCCUUCAGCUCCGUAUUUUUUUAAACCUAUAAUGGCCCUAAUACACCACUGUAAAAUGUGCAACUUUAUUUAUUUAUUUUUAAAGACAUGAGUUGAUUUUAAAAGUGUUAAGACCUUUACACACCCAAUACGACACGAAAUUGCCAUAUGAAAAUGUGAAAAAUUAAUGUGUGUAUAGUGUAAGUGUAUAUACACAGUCUGAUGCGAAUUUUUUAAUAUGUUGUGCUCUCGUUCAUGCUGGUUUUGCACUAUGACUGUCAGUAGUACCCUGAGCGAAUAAAGGAGUCGUCUAUCAGUGAUAAGAAUUAUAGACAUGCUCGCAAGAAAGAGAAAAUUUAAGGUACAAAUGACAACAGGGAGUUUCAUAAUCUUGUUCAAGUUGAACCUGAGACAGUGUUGGACAACAAGAAAGAAAGCAAUGCUCACUGUGUUAUGUUCACAGGUUAAAUAAUAUGGAGUUUUAUAUUCCUAUCUUUAAUCAAAAGCAUGGUCUUUCAAUUUGACAGCAGUAUUUAUUCAUGUCAAGUUCAGAUUUUGCAGCAUCCCCCCUCCCCCCCAUAGCCCCUGCUCGUGGUCAGACUGCUUUGUGUGCUUGUGGAUCAUCUGCUCGCAAUGCAAAAUCUGAACGUGAAAUUAAUGAACACUGCUCUCGAAUUGAAAGACGGUGCUCUCGAUUAAAGAUAGAAAUAAAACUGUAUAGAAAUACAGCCGCUCAGCUCCUGGAUGUGACUGAUGCGUAGCAGAAGCUCACUGCUACAUUCAAAGCUGUUUUGCUGGCUGUCUCCUACAUCCCCAUGUGACAUCUGUUCCAUACAAUGUUAUCGGUUGAUGCGUUUAUUCACAGCACAAAAGUUCAGAGAAAUUUGAUCUCGGUGCAAAAAAAAAAAGUUACUUUUUCACUGCAUAAUGUGUGUGUUCUGUGUGAAAGUACUCAUGACAAAAACAACAGUUCAAAAAAAUAUAUCAACAUGAAUUAAUCGCACGAGAGGGAAAAAAACGGUGUGUAAAGGCCUUUAAGUCACGAUUUAAAUUUUCGUACAAGUUUGUGUCUAAACUCUGUUUAUUCCCUCGAUGUGGACCUCUGAACUUAACUUCACUACAGGAUUCAUAGCUCACCUUAAAUGUAUACGUAACACACCAUGUGUGCUUGAUGAAUGGUUUCGUAAAGGGCAAGACGGUUACGUUUUGCUUCUUGAAGCAUUGUAACAGAUACAAAGAUGGAAAUGUGGAUGUCUUGGUGUGUUUACCUAUUUCUGAAUACUGCACUGACAAUGUACCCUGUACUCAUGGUUUACUAAUACUUUUAAAACAUCACUGUCAAUAUUUCUCUUGAUCUUAAAUUAAAUGCGGUGUUUCACUGUC